AUACAAUCACCGUGAGCAAUAACUGUCACAGAUGUUAUGUUCUGCAUUGUGGUGAAUACCAGUAGACAUUCACGGCGCUUAGGCCAAAAGGACAGUGCCCAAGCCAUACGGUAUUUACCUAUUGGCUAGAAUCCAUUUCACUUCUGCUCUAGUCAUCCAUAGCGUGAUACCCCCCAACUUCCAUUUCUAACCAGGCCGCCCUCGUUCUUCUUCUCUCUCAAAUAUACCUUCAUCAGCCGCACCUAUCAACCCCACCUACUUCUCCACCCUCAAAUCCCCCUCCUUAUUCACAACAACAAACCAUGGAGCAUCUAAAGAAAGCAACUACAUCAAUUCUCACCUCCGGACAGACAUUUGCGCGAGACCAUCCAACUGCCCUAGCGGUCGGUGGCACCGGACUUGCCCUCGCGACCGCACCCCUCACCGGCCCGGCCCUAUUAGGUGCUGUGGGCUUUAGCGCUACCGGCCCUGUGGCCGCCUCGCUCGCUGCCGCGUGGCAGUCGUCCAUCGGGGUGGUCCAAGCGGGGAGUCUGUUUUCUAUGUUACAAGGAGCUGCGAUGGGGGGUACGGCCGCGGGGGCAUUUACAACUGCCUCGAACCUUGGGGUUGGGAUGGUGGGAUCUGCGGCUGUUGGGGCACGGUGGAAUGGUAGGAAGAGGAUGUUACGGACGGAUGCCGAGGGUUCAGAGGAAGCUGGAGAUGGUGUUCACUGUCAGGCCGAUGAAGAUGAUGAUGAUGAUUCUUUGGAAGAGGAAUUUGCAAAAUUGCUCCGGAUUGAUAUGUCCUGAUCAGAUAUGUUGAGAUUAAAUUCUUCUACUCUGGAACAAGAUGCGUAAAAAAGAGGGAUACCCAUUUAGCUGUUCUUCUUAUGGUAAUAUCUCUACGAUUUCCUUCUUAUUCAUUAUGCCUUACACUCGCUUCUCCAAUUUGUUUGUAGUUGAUGAUAUUCCCAAUGAUAUGUACUCUGAUUCCUUGCCUAAAACAAACUGUUAUGAUAUUCUUGCAAAGACUUACUAGCCCGCAAGGCAUU